UUAGAUAUACCCAGUGUGCAUCUUGGUAAUGGCGGAAUUCAUGUCGGCUGCUAUACUCUGUCUUUCUUAUUAAAAACAUAAUGUGAUAAUUAUACGUGGGAUGGGCACAUAUAGUUUGAAUUUUCUAUAACAGUGAGAUAAUAGUACUGUCUCAUAAGGAUGCCUUGAAGAAUUUGCUAUCAACACGGCCCAGUAAACCUGAGUCUGUUCUUACAAACCAGGACUGUGUACUUUGAUAUUUGUGGAUUGAGCUUUGCUUUACAGAGAAGUGUUAUCUGUUCUCAGCAUCUGAAAUAAGGUGGACAUAAGAUAUGUGGGAGACAAGCUUCAACACAUGCGUUGUGUACAAGAAUAAUUUAUUACAGAAGAAAUUGGACAAAAGAUAAGGAAGCCUUCUUCAUAUUGAUGAUUCUCCUCUGUUGUAUUACAAAAUGGGGUCAUGCCUAUGUGUGGACAAAAACCAGGAUCCUCCAGUUGUUUCUGCAGGUCCUGCAGGAACUCAGCCUGAUCCAGCACCACCUCCAUCCAAUCCACCUUCACGCCGCCACACUGUGAAUGGUCACACUUCACAUGGUGAGAGGCACCGGCAUGGGUCAGGAUCCCGGUGGAGUCGUGAGCCCAAAGAAAAAGAUAUUGAUAAACUUGUGUUGGAGACCUUGUCAUUGAUAAGGACACUUGUGGAUAAUGAUCAAGAACCUCCUCUGGCAAUGGUCAUUCUCCAUAAAGUUGCGGACUGUGAUGCAGGCUGGCUGAAUGUGGUAAAGUCGCUUAUCCGUGUUAUCCCAUUGGAGGAUCCUCUGGGCCCAGCUGUGAUAGCUCUUUUGCUGGAUGAGUGUCCUCUUCCCACUAAGGAAGCAUUGAUGGAAUUGCGGGGCCACUUAAACCUGUCUCAGAUAGAUUCCAGCCGUAACUACCACAAACCAUGUCAGCAGAGAAAUAUUUGUGUGGUGCUUGGCUGUUUGGCAGAGAAGAUGGCAGGACCAAGCAGUAUAUCAUUAAUGUCUUCUGAUGUUCUUCAUUUUCUCUUCUCACAUUUGAAUCCUAUUAAUCAUCCUGUUGUUAUUUUGCAUUCCAUUAUUGCUCUUGAGAAGUUUGCACAAACAAGUGAAAAUAAAGUGACAGUGUCACAGCUGCUGCAAAGGAUGCCAGUCCACCCUCUUGAAGUGUUACAGGACUGGAGUAGAGAUCCCAACUACAGCAAGCGAGAGGUUGGCUUCUGUGCUCGAUGGUGCUUAGACAACCUGUUUGUUUUGGAGGGUCGUCAGUUUACAUAUGAACAGUUGGAUUUAUCCAGAUUGAAUGUAAUGCUCAACAGCAAUGAUGUCAGUGAAUACUUAAAAAUUUCAGCAGAUGGUUUGGAGGCAAGAUGUGAUGCUUCAUCAUUUGAAAGUGUGCGUUGUACAUUUCAAGUAGAUACAGGAGUUUGGUAUUAUGAAGUGUUGAUAAUUACUGAUGGUGUCAUGCAGAUAGGCUGGGCAACAAAGGAAAGCAAAUUUCUCAACCAUGAUGGAUGUGGAAUUGGUGAUGAUGAAUUCUCCAUGGCCUAUGAUGGCUGUCGGCAGCUGAUCUGGUAUCAGGCCCAGAGUGAGUCUCACACACAUCCCUGCUGGAAGCCAGGUGAUGUACUGGGGCUUCUUCUGGAUGUGGACAACCAGAAGCUGGUUUUCUAUCUCAAUGGAGAUCCACUCCCACCCUACAGGCAGCUUUUCAACCAUGCACGGAGUGGUUUCUUUGCAGCAGCCAGCUUCAUGUCCUUUCAGCAGUGUGAAUUCAAUUUUGGUGCCAAGCCCUUUAAAUUCCCUCCACCUAUAUGUUUCCGCACCUUCAACUUGCAUGGACGUCUUACAGAUGAGGAGCGCAUCAUUCUUCCAAGGCAGAAGAAACUGGACCUGUUGAUGCAAGUCACAGUAAAAGAAGACUCGUGCACAUUGUGCUUUGACCUACAGGCCAACACCAGACUUAUGGAUUGUAAACAUGCAGGCUUUUGUGAUGAAUGUGCUCUUCAGCUUGAGAAGUGCCCCAUCUGUCGUCAAGAAAUUCGUCAGCGUAUUUUGAUUUCUGAUGCCAUGGAAACUAGUUCUUCAGAAGCUGGUAGCAAGGGUGGCUCACCUAAACGAUUAUCUUGAUGAUUUGUUCCCAUGCAUAAUGGAGUUUUUUUAUAUUGUGUUUAAACGCCAUGACCAAAAAAAAAAUUGAAUGCUGACAAAUAUUGUUGUAUAGACUUCAACAGUACUUUUGAAUUCUUGUUCUCCACAUGUCAGGUUUGAGUAGCCAAUUAUUAGGAAAUUAUGUCUAUUUAUUGAAAUCUUUGUUCAAGGAAACUUUUUUUGGGGGGUGGGGUAAGAGGCAGUGAGGUUAGGAUGAGAAGGAGUUAAUGGAGAUUAUGCUCAUCUAUCAAAAUGCUUUUGAAGGAUGAACUAUUUACCUUUUUUUUCUUGUUUUUAAAUCAUUGGUCUUUUUUAAGCUUCAAGUGUUGCAUGCAGAAUAUGUGAAAAAUACUUUAAAACUUACAACUGAAUAAUGCUGCUGAGGUCGGUAUAUCGAGUCUAAAGGCAUUUAGACUCGGAAAGUGAAGCCAUUUACUACAGAGGUGUGCGAGGUGCUACACAGUGUACCAACAGUCUGUCAUGGACUCCCCCACUAACCCUGACACUUAUCAAAGUUAAUGUGGUGCAUGGAUGAAGGAAGUGCGUAUCAAAAGGUGCAGCUUCUUCCUGCUUCCCGGUAGUAAUACAAGUUACCUAACUUUUGGUAAAAGUUAGAGGGACAUAACCCUAAAAGGGAGAGGAAAGUGAGGGGUAAAUGUUCAUGAAAUAAUAGGCAUAACGGUAGAGCACACAGUCGAAGUUCAAGAGUUACCUGUCAUUUUUCUUCUGCUUUGGAAAGAUUUUUUUUUCAAAAGUGUCUAACAUCUGCAAGUUUCAUCCACGAGAUGACAACAGGGGUAGUUCACUGUACUGAGUUCAUUUGCUUAGCUCUGUGCUAUUGGAUUGUAUCUGGAGUCUGCAUCACCACACCUGAUACUACAUUUUGCUGCCCAAGGAAGUUACUGGAGUCAUGGUGUUGCUUGCUGCUCAUAGUCGGUUCCUGGAGCAGUGACAUGAGUUGGAUACUUCAUUGUGACCCUGUGCAGUGCUACUGUCCCUGAAGACUUAUCGUCAACUCUGUUCUAGCAGUUGUAAACUUGACAUGUCUUCUGUGCCUGGUGAUGUUCUGGACCUAUGCCUCCUACUGUGAUGUGAACUGUGUAAAUACUUUAUACUUGAGUUGAUCUCUUGUGACCACACCAGUCAUGAGGUCUACUUGGACUUUUAAGCAUUGCUAACAGUGGAAGUCAAUAUGCUGUAUAAUAUGGGUGUGCAUGUGUUUGUGUGCAUGUACAGGUGCCUGCAGGUGUGGAUAUGUUGGUGUGUCAGUUUUAUUUAUCCAUUAGAUAUAUUUUAUUCAUCGUUUGUUGUAUGGUGUAUAUAGAUAUAUAUAUUGCAUUGUAGACAGAAUAUUCACAAACCAGGGAAGCAACUAAAGAUUUUAAAUAUCAAAUAUAGACAGUGCCACUUUACAUACACUGUAAUUGGGUUUUUCCCUUUCUUUUCAUUUAGAAGUUUUAUAUCUGAUGAAAAAAUAAAUUGGUGUCUAAAACUUGUCUGAGCACUUUAAAUGGUGAGAUGUGGUGAGCUUGGUAGAAAGCACUGGAAUGUGUCUCGAGUUAGCUUUGUCAUCAGGUUAAUUUUUAGCAUUUUGCAUUCUCCAGAAAAUUAAGUUAAAGCUGACCUAUUUAUUCUAUUGGCUGUGAUCAUGUCUUACCUGAAUAAAUAGUUCUUUUGAGCCGUUGUGUCUGUAUCUGACAUAAUUAGCAACUUAUUACAUAUCUACAAUUAACAAAAACACCUUUUACUCACAAUGUGAAUUGCCUAUGCUGUAUGUAAUGAAUGCACUGGUUUAAGUGACAGUGGUACAGAAGUCAUUUUAGCUGAACUUCUUGUCAGAUUAAGGAGGAAAAUGCAGUGGCUUAGAAUUGUAGCAUUUAGCACAGUGUGAUACUUUUAAACGUGAUAAAGUAGAUCUGUCUGGCCGGUGUCCUGUGUGAAUUAUACACAGAUGCUAGAGAUUCACAUCAUAGUCAAGUUGCCUAUUUGUGUUAAUGGCAAUAUUUCCAAAGUUCCUUGUUUAAUCUGUUGGAUGGGCUUUUUAAAAGUGAUUAUAGAUCUAAAUGUAUUGGUAGUGUAGCAUGAUAAUGAUUAAGGGGGAAAAAACCCUAAAAAAGUAGGUCAUGCAUGUCUUUUGUUUUCAUUAAUAGGCAGAAUGAACUAGUUAUAGAAAAUCUUCUGCAAACAACAUAUAUUUUCUUAAUGAAUACACUGAUCAGGAGUUCUGUUGUCUUGUUGCUGGAUCAAAAGUGCUAGAACUAUAUAUUAAUGUUAAUGCUAUAGCCAGUCGGCAAACUGCCAAUGUUUUGAUUUUAACAUCUUCAGCUUCAGAUAAUUAUUUUACAAACUGAUUUUUUUUCAUUUAAUUUUGUUAAGCUAUGUGUAGGUAAGAGCUCUUUCUUUUUCUAAUGUCCCUGGUAACACAUGCUCCAUAUUAUCUUUACACUGUGCUGCUGUGAUGCACAAGGGGACAGAACACUUUACAUGAAUCCAUACACAAAUUGUUUUUCAGUUAUCUUUUUUUAAUUCUGUUCCUUGGAAGAUUUGUUAUGACAGCAGGUUUCAUGAGAACAUUUUAUGUAUAAUUAAGGACAAAACAUGAUGUUUUCCAUACACUGGUGCUUGGACUGAUUGACAGGCAACCUACAGGAAGUCAGGAAAGAAUGUUAAAUAAACACCAUUCGUGAGAUUUACAGCCAGUCUUACAAGCUGAGCAGCAUUUUAUUCCCUUCUAAGAUACUAAGUCACAUGGAUUUUUUUUCACUGUUUCCAUUCCAUGUCUUUUGUUUAGCAAAAGGAUAGACACCCAGAUGGGCAGUUAAGCAUUUCAUUUGAAAAUGCCUAAGAUCGUUUGUUUUCAAGGUUUUAUUUUAGUCUUUUGUUUUUUUUCAGCAGUGCUUGCAGAAAGUUGUUGAGAAUGGAUAUUUGUCUGUUAUUCCAAGAAUAUUGUAAUGAAGAUGUCUCUUGGAGCUGUGAAGCAGCUUUAAGGCUACUUUUUAAAGAAUAUGGCAUAUCAAGUUAGUUUCUUUUCAUCCUUUUAUGUCACAGAAGUUAGGAGGAGAGAGGCUUUUCCUCUAUGUUGUGCUGUAGCUUCAUUGGAGAACGUUGUUGAGAACUAGUGUUGCACCUCGUGUCCAGUUUUCACAAAAUUGAAAAAAAAAAAAAAAAGUUCACAGAUGUGUUACUUGCUGUACAUGAAUUGAUAAUGUUGUUGGUAGUAAUCAUCAUUCUGUUGGCACUGGAACCAUGAAUGUCUUCCUCGUGGAAGCAGUAUUGUUCUCUCUGUCUGAACAUGUAGAGAAUGAGCUGCCAAGAUCCAAAGUCUAAACAUUCUCACAGAUGUGGAAGUUUGAUAAUGUGCCUCUCCAAAGCUUGCCCACCAAGAAGAUUGACUUGGCCACUAUAUGUAUCUCUGCAGAGAAUUCUUCACUUUUGAAGACAAAAUUGGCUUUUUGAGCCAUACACUAUUCUUCACAUAGAUCAUGGGAAAUGAACCUAGAGUUAGCUGGCAACCCUCCGCACCCCCUUCCUCCCAAUUCACCCCAUCCUUCAUCACCAGCAGUUUGGCUUGUAAGUUUGUUUUCUGAAAAUAAUACUGAUAAUUAUUUAUCAGAGUUAAGAGGAUGACAUUUAACAAUCAGAUGGCAAUCUAAAAAUUUUGUCUUGGUCUUGCUACUUUGGUGAUGAAGGAAGGGAGAUAACACAUCAAACUCUGAAGUACUAAAUUCUUGGGCGGGGUGGUGGUGGUGAAACCAGAUUAUAAAAGAUUCAAAAUGUUUUCUUAAAUUGAUGUAUACAUCUAAAUUUAAAAAAGUGUACUCAAAGAUGCACAUAAUUGUGGUAGCCUGUGUCACUGUUCUUAAAAAGAAAAACAAAGGUACAAAAAUAGCUUAUUAAAGUCUUGACUUUGAUGAUUUGGUAAGCAUACUUCGAUUGGAUUUCAAAUUGUGUACAAAGUUCCUUAGAUAGCGUUUUGAACAGUCUAGCAGCAGAUGUUCUGAGGAGUCUUGCAAUGCCAACAUCAAUUUUUAUUAUCUUCCUGUAAUAUUCACAGCUUGAAAAGUGUUUUAUGAUUAAUGGUGAGUAGCAAAUCAUAUAUUCAUGAUAAUUUUGUGAGAUGUAUAAAACAUUUUAGAUUCUGUUCUGUAUUUCUCUCUUGCUCAGAUGGGACUUAUUACUGUUAUCUGAAGAGAGCACAAGGUAGUGUGGGUCAUAUGAGGUAUGAUGUAGUAAACAAUGUCAUGAUUAAUUUUUCUCCAGCGGAUUGUGUAUCAAUAUAUUACAGGUGGAGGAAGAUUGUGUGAAUCUAUGCGUGAUUGUGUACAAAGGUGUGAGCAUUGAGUCGUGAAAAAACGUUCAGGUGAAAAUAGAUCGGAUAUCCUCUGGUGACGUAGUUAUGAAAUGAGAGUAGUUUCCCCAGGUCAACAUAGGGAACUAAAGGAAAAGUUUGUUUUCAUUGUUAUAGUGCUAUGCCCAGACCCUAUGGAUAUUACUUUGUUUCUUUACCUCCUUUCGCUUUAUAGCCAUGGCUCCAGGGAUAAACAUCUGCUGGGUCUGAAUACUACUUUAUAAUGCUUGUCUUAUCAUUCCUUCUGUUGUCCCAGGGUUAGCCUUACUCUCACUUCAUAACUAUGUGGCCUGGAGAGAGUCAAGCAGACACAUUCUCAGGUGAACCAUAUCUGCAGUCACAUUGUGUCACCUGUAAAUAUAAAUGCAUUGGUGUGUUUAUUCUAUUCCCAAGUCUCUGAACAUUUUCUUGAUUUUCCUAUGCAUUUAUUUGAUGACAGAUUGCAUAAUAGGAAUAUAAUAGAUGAUGCUUGCAUAAUGGCGAAGUUUUGUUGAUUGCUUUUACAUAUGUUUACAGUUAGUGUGCAAAACAUCAUUGACUUUGUCCUAACACUUCAACCAGCCUUAACAUUUGCAGAUAGAAGAAAUAAAAGUAUUGCACUCUAAAUGGCAUGAAGGUCAUUUUUAAAACUAUCUGCAAAUGGGGUAGACUUCGUGUUAUUUGCAGAUUUUGAUAUGUUUGAAGCGUAAAAUUGAAAGUUUGUGUGAUUUUGAUAAUGUUUCACAAUUUUUGUUGAUUUUUUUUUUUUAAAUUGAUGUUUUCAUUUCUGAAUGUCGGGCAAGAUUCUUUUGGCUGUAACUGUUGUAGAUGAUUUUCACUAGCUGUAGUAAUGACUUUAUUCGGAUAAAAUAUCCACAUAUUACCAGAUCACAAUGUAAAGUUACCAGACUGGAAAAAAAAUAAUGAACCCCUCUUUUCACUUGUCUGAGUGUCUACAAUUUGUAAGACCUCUCACUCUGCACAAAUAAUGUGCUAAACUGAAUUAAACCUGCUAAAAAAAAAA